AAAAAAAAAAAAAAACAAUUUGAUGAUGCCCGUGUUGCCCAGGUGUUAAUCUAGCCCAAAGCGGCACCGCCGGUCCGUCGCGCCUUUUAUCCUCUUCGCAUAUCAUCUGUUCUUCUGCAAGAUGCGUAACACGCAGUACCUGAAUUAGCGUACUUCCAUUAUUUUCUCUCUCUGAAAUUUCUCUGUAAAAUAAUGGCGUACUCUUCAUUGAGGCGUAUUCUGCAUCAUAUAGCAUCUGUAGAUAAGGACAUGGUAAAGAAACAGGAAUCAUAUGGAAGACUUGUAUAUGGCACUCUUACCAGGUUUCGAUCACAAUCAUCAAAGACUGAAACUGAAGGUUCAAAUGAGACGCCAAGGAGGCCUGAGCUCAUUGAUAGGAAAGAUUUCGAUCCUGUAGUUGCAAAGUACAGCUCUGAUGAUGAUGAAGUGAAUGAUAAUAAACGGAAGUUGGAACUUGCAUGGCUUACAAAGGCACUUGAACCUGCACUACAGUUUUGUAGGUGGGCUUUCCCAGCAGGUAAUGGUUCUGAAAGUAAUCCCCCACCCACGAGUCGUUCAAUUUCUGAGAUCAUUGCUAGUAUCCAGAGGAGUAAGAUUGGAAUACAAGAUUGGAGUCUGGGUGAUCUCACACUUGGACUGUAUCUUAUGUAUCUUCGUCAAGCAUCCUCAAGUCCACAUGAAGAUGUCAAGGGUGUUCAAGUUACCUCAGAAUCCGUGAUACAAGACCUCAUUUAUCACUUGGAAUUAGCACGGGGAUGUUAUAGAGACACAGCUGCCGGUCUUGCCAAACAAAGCAUGCUUCGAGAAAGCAACAUCCUAAAAUUUAUUAGGAAUUCUAGUGUGAUGAGACCUGGGUAUUAUAUCGGUAUUGAUCCCCGCAGAAAACUUGUAAUUCUUGGUAUCCGUGGAACUCAUACAGUAUAUGACCUUGUAACUGAUAUUGUGUCAACAAGUGAUGGGGAUGUUACCUUUGAUGGUUUUUCAACCCACUUUGGUACUGCUGAAGCUGCUCGUUGGUUUCUAAAUCAUGAACUGGGGACCAUAAAGAAGUGCUUGCAUCAACAUGAGGGUUUCAGGUUACGGUUGGUGGGACAUUCUCUUGGAGCUUCUACAGCUUCUUUGUUGGCAAUGAUGCUUCGUAAAAAAUCUGCUACAGAACUGGGUUUCGACCCCAAUAUUGUAACUGCUGUUGGAAUUGCUACUCCUCCUUGUGUGUCCAAAGAACUUGCUGAAAGUUGCUGUGACUAUGUUACCACUGUUGUGAUGCAGGAUGAUAUUGUUCCUCGCUUAAGUGUCGCUUCUUUGGCAAGACUGAGGAAUGAAAUUAUUCAGACUGACUGGACAAGUGUCUUGGAGAAGGAAGAUUGGAAAAAUGUUCUUGAUUUCCUCGCAAAUGCAAAACAGGUCAUGUCUUCAGUACAAGAUGUAGCUCGGAAAGUGGCUGACUAUGCUAAUUUCAGAAGCAUCAAGGACAAUCGCUCUGAAAUUUCAAGAAGCGAGGACUCACGUGCUGGAGCUGAUAUUCCCCCACGAAUCCCUAAGCCAACUCCUGUCAGCAGGAACAAAGUAAAUGCAACCACUUUGAUGCAUGAAGAGUUGUUUGUUCCUGGAACUGUGUAUUAUCUAAAGAGAAAUUCUGAUACUCGAAGCAGCAGCAGCAAGGGAAGCAAAGCAAAAGACUACUUCACACUCUGGAAGUGGCAACCUGGGCAACAUUUCCAGACAGUUUUACUCUCGAGCAACAUGAUUGUGGAUCACAAAUGCGAAAGCCACUAUUACGCUCUUAGAGAUGUUAUCAAAGGCUUGCCUAGAUCAUCUAGUGAUGAAGGUAUUUUUUGACUUCUCAAAAUCUGGGUGAAAUAUUUGUCAUAACCUCAUGUAAAUAGUUGUUGCCACUGUAUAGUAACUACUUAGAUUCAAUAAUUUUCAGUUUGGGGGAACUUUGAUUAGAAAGACCAUCAUUUCUUGUGGUUAAAUUUUGAUUUUUAACUGCCUAUAGUCAAGAUAGGGUAUUCAUGGAAAAAAGUUGUAUUGCUUUCUUCAAAAAAUAAAAUACUAAUUAAGGUUUUGUAGAAGUAAAGUUGUGUACAUUUAGGCAUGUUUUGCCAUUUAGAUGGUGGUGGGUAGGUUUUCCCAUCUUUUUUAUCAGUACUGUAGUUUUUGCAUACUUUAUCCUUGACUCCUUAUGGUUAAGAUUAGUGGAAAAAUUUACUUUUCUGUAAAAUUAGGAAAGUGCACCCACUGUUUACACUGUAACUCUGCCCUUUUGGCUUUUCACAUUUACAAGUGACAUUCCCUCA